CUUUCUCUCUUUCUCUCUUCCCCCUCCUCUCCCACCACAUUCACUUGCAAAUCACUCUCAGCCUGGAAAAGCCUCUGCUUUCCCCAGUCUGUGCAACCUUCCCUUUGCAGUAGAUCCUCUCUCUCUCUCUCUCUCUCUCUCUCUUCCCCUCCUCCUUCUCUUCCAGUGGGGUGUCUUUUCUUUCUUUUUGAAAACAGACACUCUGAAUGAAAGCCAGUCAAAGUGAAAGAAGGCAAGCUUUCUCUCCCCUCUCCCUUUCAUCUUCCUCAUCCAUCCAUCCAUCCCCCCCACCUGUCUCAGCAUUGCUUUCUCUGCUGUCCGGAGUGAAGUGCUGAGAUGCUGGCAGCCUGAAGGAAAGCACUCCUUGUUUUGUACACGACAGCCCAAGAGGAAGAGAAGGGCAAGGAUUCAACUGUGUGGCUUGGGUUGGUUGGAUACUCUGCUUCGCUCCAUGGGAGAAAGAUUUGGGAUAUGCACCAACUAGAGAUGAGAUGUUAUAAACUGCUUGACUGCACAUUCCACUGAAGGAGUACCAAGAGCUCCAUCUCAGACAAAGUGUCAUAUUGAUCUUGCAGCCAAAGGGACUUGAGAAGACAGUCAACAGUGGAGAACUAUGAUCAUACAACAAGUCUUGUUGCUGGUGCUGCUCUGGGUGUGCCUACUACAUCCCUGUUUGACAGCAAUGGUAUUCACCAGGACUACAGAUCACCAGCCAAAAGCAUUUGUGGCACGGGGAACAGGGAGUGAUGGGAAAACUCUCCAUCGCCAGAAGCGAGGCUGGAUGUGGAACCAGUUCUUCUUGCUGGAGGAAUAUACUGGUUCAGAUUACCAGUAUGUGGGAAAGCUUCACUCUGACCAGGACAAAGGAGACGGUUCCCUCAAGUACAUUUUGUCAGGAGAUGGGGCUGGAACUCUUUUUGUUAUUGAUGAAAGAACAGGUGACAUUCAUGCCACAAGAAGAAUUGACAGGGAAGAGAAAGCUUUCUAUACCCUACGUGCCCAGGCUAUUAACAGAAGAACGCUCAGACCAGUGGAGCCGGAAUCAGAAUUUGUGAUCAAAAUUCAUGACAUCAAUGACAAUGAACCAACAUUUCCUGAAGAGGUUUAUACUGCAAGUGUUCCUGAAAUGUCAGUGGUUGGGACUUCUGUUGUGCAAGUCACAGCCAUGGAUGCCGAUGACCCUUCCUAUGGAAACAGUGCCAGAAUCAUCUACAGCAUACUCCAGGGCCAACCAUAUUUCUCAGUGGAGCCAGAAACAGGCAUCAUCAGGACAGCUCUACCAAACAUGAACAGGGAAAACAGAGAGCAGUACCAAGUCGUCAUCCAAGCAAAAGACAUGGGAGGCCAGAUGGGUGGAUUAUCAGGGACCACGACAGUGAACAUCACCCUGACUGAUGUCAAUGACAAUCCACCUCGCUUCCCCCAGAGCUCAGUUCACUUCCGUAUUCCAGAAACAUCUCCAGUUGGCACUCCCAUUGGAAGUGUCAAAGCCUCUGAUGCAGAUGUUGGGAGAAAUGCGGAACUUGAAUAUCGCAUUACUGACGGGGAUGGAAGGGAUAUGUUUGACAUUGUUACCCAAAAAGACACACAAGAAGGCAUUAUAACAGUGCGGAAGAUGUUUGGUGGUAAGGACAAAGAUGGAAGGAGGGAUGAAAAAAUCAAGGAACAACAUGCCUGUGCAAUUGUCAACUCAAAAAUGUUUAUCCACUUCUUUAGGUUUUCCUUGGAUCGUCAUACUGACCUUGACAGGAUCUUCAAUAUACAUUCUGGAAAUGGAUCUAUUUAUACUUCCAAAAUGCUUGACCGAGAAAUAUCGCAGUGGCACAAUCUUAGUGUGAUAGCAGCUGAAAUCAACAACCCCAAAGAGAUGACUCGCGUUUCUGUUUAUGUCCGAAUAUUGGAUGUGAAUGACAAUGCACCACAGUUUGCUGUGUUCUAUGAUACUUUUGUGUGUGAGAAUGCAAGAGCAGGACAACUAAUACAAACCAUAAGUGCAGUUGAUAAGGAUGAUCCUCUUGGAGGACAAAAGUUUUUCUUCAGUUUAGCUGCUGUUAAUCCCAACUUCACAGUCCAGGAUAAUGAAGAUAACACUGCCCGAAUUUUGACAAGAAGGAAUGGCUUUAGCCGGCAUGAAAUAAGUACUUAUCUGCUGCCAGUGGUGAUUUCAGACAAUGAUUAUCCCAUCCAAAGUAGCACUGGCACACUGACUAUCAGGGUGUGUGCCUGUGACAGCCGAGGCAAUAUGCAGUCCUGUAAUGCUGAAGCUCUGCUCCUUCCAGCAGGCCUCAGCACAGGAGCUCUCAUUGCCAUUCUGCUCUGCAUCAUUAUUCUGCUGGUUAUAGUGGUAUUGUUUGCCGCUCUAAAGAGACAGAGAAAGAAAGAGCCUCUGAUCCUGUCCAAAGAAGACAUUAGAGACAACAUUGUGAGUUAUAAUGAUGAAGGUGGUGGAGAAGAAGAUACACAGGCUUUUGAUAUCGGCACACUGAGGAAUCCUGCAGCUAUUGAGGAUAAGAAGCUCCGCCGAGAUAUUAUACCAGAAACAUUAUUUAUACCACGGAGGACUCCUUCCGCUCCAGAUAAUACAGAUGUCCGAGAUUUCAUUAACCAAAGGUUAAAAGAGCAUGAUAAUGACCCCUCUGCACCACCGUACGACUCCCUGGCAACCUACGCCUAUGAAGGAAAUGAUUCUAUAGCUGAAUCCCUGAGUUCUUUAGAGUCUGGCACUACCGACGGAGACCAAAACUAUGAUUACCUCAAGGAAUGGGGCCCACGAUUUAAUAAGCUUGCUGAGAUGUAUGGUGGAGGUGAAAGUGAUAAAGACGCUUCCUAACCUGCAGUAGGAUAUACAGUUUUUGUUCAUUUAAAAGGAAGUAAUUUUAAAGACACCUUCUCCACGUGACAAUAUUUGAUGUUCAGGAACGUUCUCCUGCCACUCAGCACAAUAUUUUUUCCCCUCUUCAUUCUGUUUGGAACUUGCUCAUUGAUGUCCUUUCUUUUCUCUUGUAGACUGUCACCUGGAAUAUAUACAGCAGUUAAUUUAAUCCCUUUCCAAAAGCCAAAGCUAUUGAAAUUCAGUGUCAUCCAUUUUAUUAAAGAAACAAUACACUCUGUUUGAGUAGGUUUAGACUCUCUCAAGCAAUCAUAGAUACAAGUUGCUUCUGUUGAAUACAUGUUCUACACUUGCAAGUGCAAAUUCUAAGAAAAGAGACCCAAAUUGUGAUCCGCAAAGGGUCCAGCAUGCACCUUCCACAUGCACACCCACCUACUUUUAAAAAAUAUGUUUCUUUCUCAGAAACUGCAACCAGAGUACUUAUAUAUGCAUACUUAUUACUAUAUACAGUUUAUUAAACUGAUUCAUAAAAGAAUACUCCCACCAGACUCAACAUACCGAACAUAGUGGGAAUAUUUUUUCUUUCUUUUGUCCUUUUUCAAUUAUUAUUAUUAUUAUUAUUAUUAUUAUUAUUGAAACAAAAAGUCCUCUGAUAAACAGCAAAGUGCUCUAAAACCCACCAGGUUUUAUUUACCCAGUUUUAUUCAAUAAUUGCCAAUACUUUCCACGGCAGGCCUAAUACAGGAUGUUCUGUUUGAGCAGUUUUUAGAAAAAGGAAUAUAUUUCUUUUAAAAAUCAGUUGCUUGCACAGAAUUUCUGUGUACUUCUUUUGGACUUAUGGCCCAAAAGAGGGGGGAGGGAGGGAGAAAAUAAUAUGCCCUUAUUCUGUACAUUAAAAAAAAUCCCUGAAAAUGUACACGUGGUGUUAAUGUGAUAUGCAGCUGGUUUAAACAAAAAAACAAAAAAGAAGAACAAAAAAUACUUUGUGCAACUUCAUUCAUCAGAUUCUAUCUGCCAAUGUUUUAUAUUUAUAUUUUUGUAUUUAUUUUUAAGAAAUAAACCAGUUUUAUAACAA